AUGUAUAUGGCAAAACAAGAAAAAAAACCUGAAGAUUAUGUCUCUGAAUAUUACAAGAAGUCUUUUUUUAAUAACAGUUAUUCACAUAUAAUCUACCCUAAAAAUGGGCCCCAACUAUGGCCUUUGUUGGAGGGUCAGGUACCAAUCAAACCCCUAGUUCUCAAAAGGGCUAUUGGUCAACCCAAGAAGCUGAGGAAUAAAGUGAAUGAUGAACCAAGCAAUCCACAUGUACUUUCUAGGAAGCUUACAACUGUGAGUUGUCAUAAAUAUGGUGCCAUGGGACACAACAAAAGGAGUUACAAAGGAAAGAGGGCUGCUGAGAGAGAGUCAUUCAAAGGUGGUAACAAGAAGAAGGGCAAUGCAUCAAAGGAUGGAAAGAGACAUAAAAUUGAAACAAAAGGUGGAAAGAAGACAAAGGCAAUUGUAACAAAAAUUGGGAAUUCAUCACAAGUACCUCAACCUUCUCAAGAUUAG